AUUAUUAUUAUUUUUAUUAUUAUUAUUAUUAUUAUUUAGUCUGCAGUUUAUUAGUAUUAUUAUUAAUAUUAAGCCGCAGUGUAUUCUGCAAGUAUGGGACUCUUAUCUUUAUGUUUUCUUGCCACUACUUCCACACUGUCUCUGUUUGAAUCUCGUAUUAAAUAACUCUGUACACACACACAGCUCACUGCACAGUGUGUAGAAGCUCUUAUGAAAGCCCUCCUGUGUAGUGUACUCUGACCGAGCCGCUGUCCUGCGCAUGCGCAGUGCUGUCCUGUGGCGCUGAGCUCUUGCGCAUGCGCAGUGCUGUCCUGUGGCGCUGAGCUCUUGCGCAUGCGCAGUGGCGCUCGGGCCGGGGACGCGGCAGUGACAGUCGGAGAGCUAGUUUUUCCUGGGCAGUGUGAAAGCUCUCCUGCUGGACCUUUUGUUGUGAGGAAUCACAGCGUCAGUACUGCUGUCUUCUGGAAGAUGCUGGUUGCGUUACUGACGCGCUGUCACGUGUCUGAGCUUUCACACUGACCGGUUUAAACACUGUUGGAGAGCGUUCGCCGUGUCGAGAUCCACGCGUGCCUCUAAAGCAGCUGAACUCCCUCCCACCCCCAGAGGAUGUGUCUGCUUUGUUUCUCAUGCACUGCGCUUCACUGUCCCGUUGCAGGUAGGAAGCGCGCAGGAGGACGUCACUGAGGAGUGAUGCCUGUAGAGAGCGGAAACAGCGCAGUCGCCCGUCAAGCCAAACAGAAGCGCAAGUCUCACAGCCUCUCCAUCCGGAGGACCAACAGCACCGAGCAGGAGCGGCCUUCCAUCCACAGAGACAUGCUGGAGGCUCAGGAUUCCAAGCUGCCCAUGGCGCUAAGGAGCACCUUACUUGACCUGUUCGGACAGAUUGAACGAGAGUUUGAGAACCUCUACCUUGAGAAUAUUGAACUGAGGCGAGAGAUCGAGUCCCUGAACGAGCGAUUGGCUGGUGAGGGUCAGACUGUCGAUGGAGGAGACCUGGGUAAAGGAGCACUGAAGACUAAAGCCAGUCACAGUACGAGUCAGCUGUCCCAGAAACUGAAGACCACAUACAAAGCCUCCACCAGCAAGAUCGUGUCCAGUUUCAAAGCCACCACAUCACGUGCCGUGUGCCAGCUGGUGAAGGAGUACGUGGGCCACAGGGAUGGCAUAUGGGACCUGAGUGUGACCAGGACACAGCCGCUGGUGUUGGGCACUGCCUCAGCAGACCACUGUGCUAUGCUGUGGAGCAUCGAGACAGGGAAGUGUCUGCUCAAAUACGCCGGCCAUGCUGGAUCAGUUAACUCGAUCAAGUUUCACCCCACAGAGCAGAUGGCUCUUACAGCGUCCGGUGAUCAGACAGCUCACAUCUGGCGCUACAUGGUGCAGCUGCCUCUGCCUCAGCCUCCAGCCGACACCAGCGCGUCGCUGGAUGACGACGUGGAUUUCUCCGAUAAGGACGAUGCAGACGGAGACGCCGAUGGACCGAAUGAGUGUCCCACAGUGCGUGUAGCCAGCACCACUCUGAAGAGCCACCAGGGCGUGGUCAUCGCCGCUGACUGGCUCGUCGGCGGCAAACAAGUCGUCACUGCGUCUUGGGACAGAGCAGCCAAUUUAUACGACGUGGAGACCUCUGAACUCGUCCACACACUCACAGGUCACGAUCAGGAGCUGACCCACUGCUGCACCCACCCCACCCAGCGGCUGGUGGUCACCUCAUCCCGCGACACCACCUUUCGCCUGUGGGACUUCAGAGAUCCGUCCAUCCACUCAGUCAACGUCUUCCAGGGUCACACUGACACGGUGACGUCGGCUGUGUUCACAGUGGGAGACAACGUGGUGUCCGGCAGCGACGAUCGCACCGUCAAGGUGUGGGACCUGAAGAACAUGAGGUCGCCGAUAGCAACCAUCCGCACCGACUCGGCUGUUAACAGGAUAAGUGUCUCAGCGAAUCAGAGGAUCAUCGCCCUGCCGCACGACAACAGACAAGUCCGGCUGUUCGAUAUGACUGGGGUUCGACUGGCCCGCCUCCCACGCAGCAACAGACAGGGUCAUCGGCGCAUGGUGUGCUGCUCAGCAUGGAACGAAGAGAACCAGGCGUGUAACCUGUUCACAUGCGGCUUCGAUCGGCAGGCCAUCGGCUGGAACAUCAACAUUCCCGCUCUGCUGCAGGACAAGUGAACACACACACACACACACACACACACACACACACACACACACACUCUCUCUCUCUCUCUCUGUCUCUCUCACUCUUCCCUCAUACUUACACAAAGGCACAGUUAAGCACACAGACACACAGCUGGAUUUGCAGUAAAACUCUCUGCAUUGGUGUAUUGAUUUCUCAAACCCUGUGUGUGUGUAUGUGUGUGUGUGUGUGUGUGUGUGUGUGUGAGAUGAAGAUGAUGCAUCAGCAUGAACCACACACAUACUGUCAAUAUGACAAUCACACACACUUUAACACCGACUCACAUCAGUCAGCUCUAUCAUCAUAUGAUUACAGAGAUUCCGUGUGAGCUAUCUGUUUCUCUUUACACGUAUUCAGGUGGGCGAUACGGCAACACGCUACCCGGUUAUCGUUACAGAACUGCGCCAUUAGACAGACAGACAAUAUCCACACUAGCAAAAGUGGCUUUAGAAAAUAAACAAAAACAAUGUUUGAAAUCUGAUUUGCUGUUACGCCAUUAGUACUUUUUUUUUUUUUACUGUUUACGAUUUCCGUACGUAGUAAGGAAUAAAACACUUGGGGGCGUGCUAUUAUAGGAAAAUAAUCAACAGGAUGAUGUGAUACCCUACAUCCCAACACAAACUUGAUUAUUUUCCUCUAACAGCACAUCCUGAAGUGUUUUAUAUUCCUCUCAUACCACAGAUUACGCUGUUUAAUUUAGUAAUGUGCUUUUUAUCCAUUUAUAGUUGCACUUGCGUUAACGUUAUCAUUUACAUUAUAGCAGAUACAAACAAUCAUUCCCUUGCCUGCCUCUUUUUUUUUUUUUUUUUUUUUUAUUAAUUAAAUUUAAUAAGACAUCCUGUGACCGAGAAACCGUAAAGUGCAAAAAACCCUGCUGUGCUGAAGACUUAGCCGUGGCUGGAAAAUGUACUUUUGUAAAGCGCUGACACUGGAGACUCCUUCCAUAACUGAUAAAUAAACGUCUCCUUACACAAAACAUCACCGUUUUAUGGAUCCAUUUGUUAUUAGUCUUCGAUUAGAUACAGAUCGUCCACCAUAUAAAUCCCUGUAAAUGAGCCGUUACUAUAGAAACGAUAACGUAUUAGAACGAGCACAUUAAUAUUAGUAUAAACCUGUGAUUUGAGUUAUAGUCAGGACUGUAGUCGAGCCGUUAUAGUUAUAGAAAAUUAAUCAACAGCGUCUGAUUUGAGAGUUUAACAGCACUGUGGUAUAAUUAUAUAUAAUUUGCUUUAUUGUCUUAUCAAAUGGAAAAUUUGCAAAAGUCGAUUUUUUUUGCCGUAUCGUCCACCUUUUAUUUAUGUGACUCUCACACGUGUUCAGCUCUCAUCAGUUAGGAGAGGAAAUUUACUCUGACACUCCUUUUUUUGCACAAGGUUUAAAGAAAUUAAGAAUGAUUUUAUUUCUUUUCUAUUUUCCCUCCAUUGUCUCUCACAUGAUUCAGGUCAAGAGUAGAGAAUACAUGCUACAUGCUACAUGCUUAAAAUCUUCGUUUUUAGCUUCCUCCCCAGCUCCACUCUGUUACGUUCAGUUCAUACGCCAGCAUUACGUUCUUUAUUAUUUUGUUCAAUUUUUAUUCAAGCGUGCUCGAUGUACAGAGAUUUUAUUGCGCACAAUCAAAUUGUUGUAUAGAAUAUUGCGUUAAUGAUAAAUAGUUACUCUGUGUGAAAAGGACAGGCGGCACUCGCUUGUGCCGUACACACAGGCAGGCACACACACACACACACACACACUCACACACACACACACACACACUUUCUGCUGAAGAACAGUAUUGCUUUAAUCAGUCUGCAUGAAAAAUCUUGCUGUCUGUCAGAUCUAAAAAAAAAAGUGCUGUUGUGAUCGCUGUGUAAUUUGAUUUUUCCGAAGUGAAAAGUAUAAAAUGUGAACGUGUCGAUGGCGUUUUAUGAAUAGAGUUAAAUGAUGUAAGUGUCACGUUUAAUUUGGGUCUCGUAUAACAGACGGGUCUCGUAUAACAGAUUCUGUUGGACAGGUGACUUAACAUCGCAUUAGAGCCAACAUGCUGAUGUUUCAUAUAGCGCUGUAGGACAAGAACCGUCAUCAGACUAGAUUAGACAUUAUUAAUAUUGGACUAGACGUCCUGUGGUUAGUCCUCUCUCACACACAGUUGCAUGGACGUGCUCUGGGCUUUGAGUGUUUUCAUAAACCGACCACAAAACUAUAGCGUAACUGAGACGUCUGAAUAGAAACUAUAAUAAUGUAUAAAGGCUGUGAUGUGGAAAUCUGUAUAGUGAACUUAGAGAUAAUGUGUUACAUUUAAACAUAUCUGUACCACAUGACUACACGAUGUAAAUAAACGUCAUUGUCAGAACAUGAA